AUGGGUAACCGAUUAAAUCCUCUUUCGUUGAACGUAUUAAUUGGUGGUGCUACAGGUACACUAAAGUCAACUGUCAUUCGUCAAGCUAUUGAACCAUUUGAACGUAUAUCUGUGUUGGUUCCACGUCUUCAAAUGAAUGUACAAAAGUUAACAACAAAUAAAACACAUUCGAGUCGUGUCGAAAAAAAGAAAGAAAAAGGUUUAUUGACCAAUAAUAUUGUUUCAAAAUCAACAAUUAUUGAUAAUACAACACCUAUUGGAUUAUUAACAUCAUUCAAUGCUUCCAAUAAUUUAUUAAUUGCAACCACAGAAGCUGAUACUCAAUUAUCAAGAUUUGGUUUAUUUGAUACAAAGGGAAAUGAAAAAUAUGCUGAAAGUUCAGAUACAUUAAUCAAAGCAUUCGAUGGUGAAAUAUCGAAUUUUAGUCGUAUGACGGGUGCUGGUGGUAGUAUUUUUGUUGAACAUGGCGUUUUAUCAUUUCUUGGUGGUUCCACGCUCGAGAAAUUCUAUCAUUUAAUUCGAUUAAUAUUAGAAUAUCGAGCUGGAACAGGUUUAUAUACCCGAUUUUUAUAUUUUGUUAUGCCCGAAAGAAAAAGUAUACGUGUUGAUGCUUACAAUGAAUUUCAAAUUGAUAGACGUUUACCAACAUUAUCAUUUCUAUAUUUAAUUAUAAGCCAAUUGGAUAAUGUCGAGUUUCGUUUCAGAAAAACAAAGAAUAGUCGACUUGAUAUUAGUAAUGGAAUUGAUUAUGAUAAUGGUGAAUUUGAUGAAAAUAGUUCGUUAAAUUAUUAUGUUAAUCAUAUAAGUGAUAUUCAUGAUGAUGCAUUCGAAAAAAAAUACCCUCAACAUGAACGAGAUAUUAUUGUGAAAAUGAUGGAACAUACUCCUCGUUUAUGUUGUGUAAUACAAUCAUUAUUAAUUGCCUUAAAUCUUGCACUAUCUUUUGAAAAAAAUGAUGUUGAUGUUGCUUUUGAUUAUAAUGAAAAUGAACCUAUUGAUGUAGAAUGGAUAUCACGUAUUCGUAAUCAAUUAAAUUCAAUGUAUUUUGUAAAAACGCCUAUUUCAGAUCGAAAUAAGUAUCAUGUCAUUUAUGUUGAAAGAGAUGCAUGUGAAAUUGGAAUGAAAAUUGUUAAUUUCCUUUUACAUCAAGCAUUAACAUUAUUUAAUAUUAAUGUGAAACAUAGUGAAGCACUUACAACUCAAACAUCAUUGUCGCGUAUUAGUCUUUCCUCAAAUAAUGAUACAUCAAUAUCCGAUAAAUUAAUUGUCAACAAUUUUGCUGAUUGUAUUCUAAUGACUUUUAAAUAUAAUUAUAUAAUGAAAGAAUGGUUACGAAAAGGUUAUCCAGUAGGUGGAUCAAUUAUUGGACCAAGUCCUGUUCCUUCGAAUAUGAUUAAAAACAAUCUAAUUUUCGAAAAGCAGUUAGAUGAAUUAGUGCAGGCUGGUUUAUUAAAUUGCUCAAACAAAAUGAUAGAAGCUGGUAAAAAACAAAGUAAUCAUUCACGAAAUUUUUUUAAAUGUUAUUUUCGUUGUUUACCUGGCUUAUCAAAUGAAGAAAAAAAAGAUUUUGAAUUAAAGUUAAAAAUUUUUCAUAUUAAUACAACGUUAGAAGAUUAUAUUCGUUUUCAUCAGGAAUGUAGUCUUAAUGAUUUACCUAAACAAUAUGUAAUUGGAAAAGAACAAAUACGAUGGUAUCAAAAUAAACCACAAUAUUAUUCUGAAUUUAAACAUUAUUUUUCAAACGAAGAAUUUCUGAAUAAUAAUUGUAACGAACAAGAUGAUUUGAACAAUUCGAUGGAGACAAAUAAUUAUAAUAAUGAUUCUCAUAAUAAUAAUAAUAAUAAUGAUGAUGAUGAUGAUGAUGAUGAUGACGAUGAUAGUCAUUCGAAUAGUUUAAAAACAACUAUCACAAAAACUAAUUUCAAUAUUGAUGAUUAUUAUAGUAUUGUUUCUUAUGCUGAAUCAAUUAAACAUAUACAAAUAUUGAAUUCAUCAUCUUCAUCGAUUACAACAUCAUCGACAACAAUAAAUAACUUAAAUAAAUCAUCAACUACUUGUGGUUUUGUUUUUGAAAUGGACAAGCAAAAAUCAAAAUUAAGACAAAUUCUCGAUUCUUUAUGUUUUAUUGUUGGCUUCGAUGUUUUCAAUGAAAUUAUUACAAAUAUUAAUAAUUUAAAUCAGCUUGAUGAAAACAAAAAUAAAUAUUUGCUUCAUUUGAGUCCUGAAUAUAUGGACAUCUGUUUACAAGAAAAAUUUCGUUUUGAUUCUUUUCAAAAUGAUAUAGGAAUUUUUUCAUCAACAAGUUCUGUCAAUGGUUGUGCUGAUCUUUCACAUUCUAGUCAUGAUUAUUCUUUGAAAGAUGAUAAUAUUAUUAACUUGAAUCAAACAAUUCCAUCAUAUAAUAAUAAUAAUAAUAAUAUUCAAUUAAAUACGAUAUAUACAAUAAUGAAAGACAAUGACAAUAAUCUAUUGAAUUCUAUUCAAGAACCUGUUAAUAUUGAACAAGAAACACGAAUAAAUGAUGAUCUAAUGAUUUCUAGUCAAGAAACCAACAACAAUGAAACUGAUAAAUCUAAUCACAUUAUUGAUUCAUCUCAAAGUAAUAAUCACGAUAUUGAUCAGACUAUAAAACAAACAGCAAAAUUGAUCUUGUUGAAAGGUGGUGUGUUGUUCAUGAAAUCAUACAUUACGAUUCGUAAUAUAAAUAAAUCAGCUACGAUAAGAAACGCAGCAUUAAAAUUUUUAUUAGAUGAGAAAUUAAUUGAAUACGGUAAUUUUUUAAUAAAUCAAACAAAAAGAACAUCAACCGUUUAUCAAGCAUAUUUAAAGUUAUUACCACCACAAGAUAAUAUAAAUCAUAGUACAGCAUAUGUGAAACGCAUGAAAUUUCUUUUAUCAUUAUCAAAACUUGAUUUGUCAGAAGAUGAUUAUAAAUUAUCAUUCAAAUGUAUUGAUCAAUUAUCAAAUCAUAUUGAAACAUCAAUUAAAUGUACCAAAGAAAUGAUUCUUAGUGCACUUGGACAACAACGUUUAGAAGAAUAUAAUAAUUUAAUUUGGUAUGAUAAAACACGUUGGCAUAUACGUAUGGAUGAUGAAUUUGAAAAUGAUGAAAUGUGUGAUACUAGUAAUUAUUGUUACCGAACACAAACAAAAAUUGCCAUUUAUUAUAAUAUUCUUUUCUUGUAG